GAAUGCCAUGACACAGAACACAAGAAACCACAAAUGGCCAACUUCACUGUUGGAUGACCACCCCCUAGUGUCCUAGUUAACAAGCCCUCCCAAUAUGCCACCUAACAAGCUUGCAUCCUGUGACUACAUUGAACUCUGGUAUUUCUCCCCAGAAGGUUGUAAUGAUGUGGCAAAACAUGCAAGGUUGAAUGCCAAUGACACCUUUGGAAUCUCUAGUACCAAUGACCUACUCACCCUCAGGCCAGUAGCCUCAGUCAAGGCAUCACAAAAUGCUUGCACAGACCACAACCUGAACUUCAGCAAAUUCCUACAAGCUAGGGUAUCCUUCCUGCACCACAUAAAAAUGGUCCCUUGGCCCAAGAAGCACAUUAAUGCCCUUGCCAUGUUUUUCUGGAAUCUCAAUAGCCACCCCCAGCAUUCCACCACAAAUGGUGAUGCUAUAGUCCUAUGCUACACUUCCCAGGUCUGCCAUCAG